AAACUGAUAAAAUCCCUGUAAUGCGUGGGCAGUGGUUUAUUGAUGGUACAUGGCAGCCGUUAGAAGAAGAAGAAAGCAAUCUAAUAGAACAAGAACAUCUCAAUUGUUUCAGAGGCCAACAAAUGCAAGAGAACUUCGAUAUGGAAGUAUCAAAACCUGUAGAUGGGAAAGAGGGUGUGUGAGAACAGUUUCUUCCAAAUCAUGUAACUUUCCGCCUGUUGUCUACCACCUCCCUCCCUUCUCCCUCCCUUCUCUGUUCAAAUGGAGAGGAUAUAAGGAGAGUACAGAUGCUGCAUGUCUUAAACGAAAGCGUUCCCAAGCUGUUCAUAGUUUCAAGUUGAGUCGCAACCACGUGGACUGGCACAGUGUAGAUGAAGUGUAUCUUUACAGUGAUGCAACAACAUCUAAAAUUGCAAGAACUGUUACACAAAAGUUGGGAUUUUCCAAAGCUUCAAGUAGUGGGACAAGGCUUCACAGAGGCUAUGUAGAAGAAGCCUCAUUAGAAGACAAGCCAUCACAAACUACUCACAUUGUGUUUGUUGUGCAUGGUAUUGGGCAGAAAAUGGACCAAGGAAGAAUCAUCAAAAACACAGCUAUGAUGCGAGAUACUGCAAGAAAAAUAGAAGAGAAGUACUUUUGCAAUCUUGCAACACAUGUUGAGUUUCUGCCUGUUGAAUGGAGGUCAAAACUUGCUCUUGAUGGAGACACUGUUGAUUCCAUUACUCCUGAUAAAGUACGUGGUUUAAGGGAUAUGUUGAACAGCAGUGCAAUGGAUAUAAUGUAUUAUACAAGCCCUCUUUAUAGAGAUGAACUAGUAAAAGGCCUUCAACAGGAGCUGAACCGGUUAUAUAUGCUGUUCUGUUCUCGGAAUCCAGAGUUUGAAGAAAAAGGAGGGAAAGUUUCAAUUGUGUCACAUUCCCUUGGAUGUGUAAUUACUUACGACAUAAUGACUGGCUGGAAUCCAGUAAGACUGUAUGAACAAUUGCUGCAGAAGGAAGAGGAGGAUCUUGAAGACCGUUGGAUGAGCUAUGAGGAGCAACGUUUGCUUGAAGAACUUUACAUAACUAAACAACGAUUGAGAGAGAUAGAAGAAAGGUUACAUGAACUAAAGGCAUCAACCAUAUUGAAAACACCUGCCUUAAAAUUUAAGGUUGAGAAUUUCUUCUGUAUGGGAUCUCCAUUAGCAGUGUUUUUGGCAUUGCGUGGCAUCCGUCCAGGAAACAGUGGAAGUCAAGAUCACAUUCUGCCCAGAACUAUUUGUAACCGGUUGCUAAACAUUUUUCAUCCAACAGAUCCAGUGGCCUAUAGACUAGAACCUUUAAUUUUGAAGCACUACAGCAACAUUUCACCUGUCCAGAUCCAUUGGUACAACACUGCAAACCCUCUACCUUAUGAACACAUGAAGCCAAGCUUUCUCAACCCAACAAAAGAACCUACCUCAGUCACCGAGAGUGAAAGUAUACCAACCAUACCAAGCCCAGCUACUUCACCAGUCAUGGUUCGACGCCAUUAUGGGGAGUCAAUAACAAAUAUAGGCAAAGCAAGUAUAUUAGGAGCUGCUAGCAUUGGGAAGGGCCUUGGAGGGAUGUUGUUCUCAAGAUUUGGCCGAUCUAGUGCACCCACUUCACAAACAUCUGAGACGGGAAAAGAGGGAACAGAAGGCGAAGACAAGAAGCCAGUUGCCAUUCAUUCUAUUGUUGGGACGCCGACCUUCCCACAUAGCAGCUCCGGCUUCCUUGACCCCACAUUGGAACUGGAGCACAGGAUUGACUUUGAGCUCAGGGAAGGUCUUGUGGAGAGCAGAUACUGGUCUGCAGUAACAUCGCACACUGCAUAUUGGUCAUCUAUGGAUAUUGCUCUCUUUCUUCUUACCUUCAUGUAUAAACAGGACCAAGAAGAUGCUGACAAAUCAAAUUUAGACCCUGUUUGAAAUUUUUGGUUUUUUUUUUUAAUUUUUUAUUAUUUUGAGGAGGGUGGGAAUUUUACAACAAAUGGCACAAAACUAAUAUUUUACUGUUAAAACGUAGUGUCUAAGGCAUGGAAGUUUCAGGUUUAGGUGCAUGUUUGGGUUUUUUCCUGUUUUUAAAGAGCAAAAAUUGUUUGUAUUUAAAAACAUUUUGUUUUACACAUUUGCA